AUGACAUUGAUUAUAUUAAGAAUCUUCAUUUAUUACUGGGACACUCCGAUUGUUAAAGCCAAUAACCGGACUGUGAGCUUCAUCCUCCUGGUCUCCAUCUUGCUGAACUUCCUCAGUGUCUUCUUCUUCCUUGGCUGUCCAGUGGACAUAACCUGCUUACUGAGACAAACAUCAUUUGGCGUCUUCUUCUCUAUUGGUGUAUCCUCAGUUCUGGCCAAAACUAUCACAGUUUGUAUUGCCUUCAAAGCCACCAAACCUGGAAGGUCCUCGCUGAAAUGGGUCUCAUUCAGACUCUCUAAUUCUUUUGUCUUGAUGUGUUCUUCUGUACAAGUUCUCAUAUGUGUUAUUUGGUUGUUGAUGUCUCCUCCUUAUGUAGAGUUUGAUCAUCAUUCGUAUCCUGGGCAGAUAGUCAUUCAGUGUAAUGAAGGGUCAGAUAUCUGCUUCUACUCCAUGUUGGGUUAUAUGGGGUUCCUGGCAGCUGUGAGCUUUGUUCUGGCUUUCAUGGUGAGGACAUUACCGGACAGUUUCAAUGAAGCCAAGUACAUCACCUUCAGCAUGCUGCUGUUCUGCAGUGUCUGGAUCACCAUGAUCCCGGCCUAUCUGAGCACUAAAGGGAAAUACAUGGUGGCUGUGGAGAUAUUUGCCAUAUUGACCUCAUGUUCUGGUAUUCUUGGAUGUAUAUUUUUCCCUAAAGUUUAUAUUCUACUUUUAAAACCUUCUUUAAACUCCAAAAAAAUAAUAAUGGAGAAAAAUAAGUUACACAUUUGA